AUGACAACAACAUUAGGGGAUAAAAAGAUGUCUAGUGAAAGUUUUGUCGAUUCUACAAGUUUCGAAGAACAAUCAUCACAUAAAAUGGUUGAACCAAAUCAGAAAACUGAACUUAGAUUUAAUUUCUGGUCAAAUUCAACAAAUUCAGUUUAUUUAGUUUUAUUAUCGAUAUUUGAAGCUAUUAUUGUUAUAGCAUUAGAAGCUGUCAUCUUUGCUAAAUUCUAUCAUACAGCGUUUUCAAAAAAGAAUCUUGGAUUAGGUAUACCAGUUUAUUUGAUGAUCUUUAUCUUUUCACAAGUAUUUCAAGUCUUACUAGCUUGGGAUGCAGUACGUGCACAAAAUACAAUUCAAGUGAUAUCAUUUUUAUUAUUCAAUUUAUGCUGCUUUAUAUAUGCUCUAUUUCAAUUUAAACAAAUAGCAGAUGCACUUAAUUCAACCAAUCUUGGACUAGAACAGUUAGCUAGUUCUUUAACCUUUCUUAUUGAUCGACUAUUAAUUGUCAUUGCUGUCAUUACGGGUGUAUGCGAGUUAAUAUAUUGUUAUAUCGGCCUUAGAUUAUAUCAAGAAUUUGGUUGGAAGAUUUAUAAAAAGAUUGGAGCAGACCCUGAAAUAAGAAACAUGUAUCGUUGGUAUCAAAUUAUUUUGACUAUAUUAAAAAUCGAUUUCUUUUUCUUUUUGGGGUAUUCGAUACAGUAUCUUGUGUUGGUAUUAAAAUCAUCAGAUUAUGAAUUUGCAUUGACGAUUGUCGCUAUACCUUUGACUUGUUUAUUCUUACUCUUAGUCGUUUAUUCAAUAAGACAUGAAUCAAAAUGGCUAAUCAGUCUAUUCUUUUUGGGUAUGUUUGCUGGCAUUGCUUAUUUUAUAUUCAAAAUCUGUCGUAUCUAUGAUCCUUCUCAAAGACAAAAAUACCUUUAUGUUAAAGAAGUCUUGACUUUUUUUGCAAGCGUCUCUUUGGCCUUAGUGGUAUUGACAGUGAUAAACGCUUUUAUAUGCUACCGAAACUUUGGCAAAGGAUUAAAACCACAUCUCAAUUCUAAUCACCGAAGAGCUUCAAUGCCUAGACAUUUGGCUGAGCGAACAUUAUCUUUGGAUUAA